AUGCGAUCGGACGCCGAAGAAGGUCAACUCUCGUCGAGCUCUGAAAGCACCGUCCCAGCGGCGUAUAAAAAAAUUGAAAAAGCGGCGACGAGCUCGAGCUCGACGACGUGGAGCUCGUCGUGCUCUGAUAGUGAUUGGCGCGAUGGGCGCGAUCAUCAGCGAAAACGGCGGCGGCGAAUCAAGCGGCGAAAAGAUCGGCCGAUGUUUCCGAAAAAGGAUGAGCAGCUGAAAAAAUCGUCGUCAUUUACGGGACGACGCGAUCGAAAAUUGCCGACGACACGAAAACGAGCGCGACGCUGCAGCAGCAGCAGCUGCGACAGCUCGCCGACGGUGGUAGUGCGACGAGUGAGGCGGCGAUUCAAAUGCGAGAUUUGUGAUCACGUGAAUUUCAGCUUGAAGGGAUUUGUGCAUCACGGAAUGACCGAGCACAAUUUGGGUGUCACAUGUCACGUGUGCCGAAUGAUGUUCGCGAAGCGCGGACAAUGGAUGAACCACUACGCCGAGCAUCAUCCCGAUGAAGCGGUUCAGUGCAUUUAUUGCAAGGCGAAGUUCGAGAAGCCCGAUCGAAUGAGCGAGAAGCGUUGGGAAUUUGUGCACCAGCACAUUUACGGCGAAAUAUUCUAUUCGAGACUCGCCGAAUUUGAGGAAACGCAGCUCUCGCCGCUCGAAAAUCCGUUUGAAUAA